AUGAACAUCGACCCUACUCCCGAAGAUUCCUCUUCAGUUAGCUCUCCGAAUACCGAGACUAUCGCAAGCCCUGGAGGUUUGGGUAGACGCUCUUCGCCCCCACGGCCCGCAUCAGUGGACGAACCCGCCACACUGGGUUCAAAUUUUGAUAUUUCAGGAUCAGCACGGCUAAUUGCCGAGGCUAAAAAGAAGAAGAAAAAACCCAAGUCGAGGGGUCAGAAAAGAAAAAAGAGCUCAAAGGAUGCCGCAGUCCUAGAAGAGGACAAUAAUCAGCUCUACCGGGGGAACUCCGAGUACGUCUCAAAGCUCAGUGAAUUAGAGGCCACUAUUACCCAAUUGAGGCAGGGACUAGAUUCGGUCAAAGGCGAGGCCGCAAACAUAGAGGAGAAGUUUAGGCGGCUUGAGUCCAAAAGGGCCGCUGAGAAAGAAACCUUGAAGGUUGCCCAAGAGAAGGUCGAGACUCGAGCCCGGGCCAAUGAGAAACUCAAGAGUGAGCUCGACGCCGCUAUUCGCGACAAUGAUGGACUUCAGGCAAAGCUAGCAGCUUCUAACAAGGUUCGGAUUACUCUGAGUGAUAUGAGGUCUGAGUUGGAGGAAAAAUUAAAAAAGGCUCAGUUCGACCUGAAGAAAGCCUAUGAAGAAAUUGAGGCUACCGAGGCUCGAUCCACCCUUUUAGUAGAAUAUGAGAAGUGGAAGUCUCGAAAGUCUAUGCUCGAGGCAGCUCAACGAGGCAUUGCGGAUAUUCCUGCUCGGAUUGCCGAGGCAAAGGCAAUUGAGGAUAAAGCCAAGAAAGCACUUGAAGAUAGCUCCGAGGAAGACCCUGAAGGGUCCAGCUCUAAUGACUCGGGCUUUUCUUCGGCAGAUUAA